CAGUGUAGAAUGUGUAGUGAUCGUGCGUAGAAGGACACGGCUUUCGACCCAACCGUCGCGUAGUUUUAGCAGCAUUAGCAUUGCUGCAACCAUCAUCGAAACCAAGACUCGUGAUCGUGCAAACAGAUCGUUUUUUUAUGCAAAAGGUUUAGAUAGUCACCAACCAAGACUAGCGAACUAGUUUGCUGCCAAGAAGGUAAAGACAUUUUCGAAAUUUGCAAAAAAGAGAAAAAGAAGUGAAAAGAGAGAGAUAUAUAGAGAGAUAAAUCACCAAAUUAGGUAGUGCUGUAUCUAGUGAUAUACAGGGAUUGCACAAUGCAGAUGCAGGUUCUACUAGUUCAUCUUCUUUUGAUUGUGAUCGCCCCGAACAAUGUGUCACCUUGUGUCACCGAAUUUUCAAUCGUAACCAAAUGUCUCCUAACCAUCCCAUCUCCCAUCCCGUUUUGCUUAGAUGUAAGUAGACACUGUGCAAAACCAAAAUCGAUUCAAGCUCGCCCAAAACUGAGUGUGGAUAUAGGCAGUGCGUGUGCAAAUCUUGAACAUCCUGACGAUUCGGCCUUUAGCGUGAUUGAAGCGGCAGUAAAUGGAAAAAACAAACAAAAAGAAUUAUCGUAAAAAAUGGGCCCACAAUAGAGUGCAAAGGCUGCGGAUGUCCAAGCGGACGGGGAAGCACUCGAAGAUGUACCGUACAUUGAUUACACUUAGCUUUAACACUAAAUACUACUUCAAACCAUUCGGUACGGUAGGCGGUAAGCAGUAAAACGAGUGUUUGCUUCUUUUUUUUUCAAGCGUUUCCACGCCAUUCAACCAGUCCAGAUACCAGAUGUUGCCAAACGUUGAUCUCUAGCCACACGCGAAACUGGCCGUACUGGCUUGUACAUAGUAAACAUUAGCAAACAAGAUCUGCCGCUCUGGCAGUAAGUACGAAACCCCGGAAUGUUAUGUAAAAACAAAACGAAACCAAAAACCACUGCUGCAAUGCUUUGUGUGGUGUGCAGCGGCGCAAGUACGUGCAUGUUAAACUGCCAUUUUCUUCAUCUUCUUAUGGCCCAUUUCUAAAUGGCCGAUGUUUGCGAGUGCGUAACAUAGCAAAAACCAACACAAAACAAACAAAACCAUAAUACGAUUGCCAAUAUCUACGACCACUAACUUAAAGCGUACGAAGCGUUACCUUUAUCGCAGGAUGGAUAGGGGUUUGUUUUUUAUCUCCGCGCUAGCUAGCGAUCAAGCAUAUACAUAUAUACAUAUAGGAAUAUGCGUACUUUUUCUCGUUCUCGUUUUCUCCUACCAAAGCUUUUAUUCUCCGUUUUUUGCUCUCUCGCCAUAGCGUUGUUGUAGCAGUUUCGUUGAACGACAAAUGCCUGUUGAGAUAUUAGUGUAUUGAAUGAAUCUAACCAAGUUUAAUGUUUGCUGCUGUCCCUUAUCCCGAUAGUUGGUUCUGGUUUCCUGGUACGAUGCCACUGUAAAAAAAAAGAGAUAACUUAAAAAACAGGGAGAAACAAAAAGACAAAGAAAAGGAAAUAGACGGGAGAAAGAAGGCAAUCGUGCAUCGUGAGUACUAUUACGGCAUGGCGGUUAAGUGAUGGCAACAAAGGUAUCGAUAUCGAGCGACACAUACCAGUUUUCUUGAUCGUUGUAUGUAACAAAAAGAAAGUUGUAUUCCUCAUGUACCAACCAAGCCAAGCAUCAUCUGCUGCAUUAACCAACUCGACAGCAUAGCUCAGCGAAUAGAAAAAAAAGCGGAAUAAGAAAGAGAGAGAAUGACUAGUGCAAGGUAGCAAAUAUUUAAGGGACACAUUCAUUUCCAACAAACCGAACUCAAGUGCAAUAGCAACACGUGUAUGUAUGUGUGUGUGUGUUUAUUCAUCUUCCCUUUCGGAUACCACUUACAAUAGCUGUCGUUAGUCGAAUGGAAUCGUAAUUCAAACAAAUUCUCCCGUUCCCCCUGUUCCCCUUCCCUUCCCGUUUUCCUUAAUGCAAAUUGAUGAACGCAUCGAUACAAAUAAUGUUCCGCAAGCGCCAGUGAAGGGAGGCAACUUUGAAUCCAAUGUUGUACAUACAUUUUUUCUGUGAUACGCCAACGUUUAAAGCCGUGUAGUAAUGGAAACCCACAAAAAAAAGGAUAAGACAGAAGAGACAGAAGCUAACCAAAAAGAGGCAGAGAACGAAGAAGAAGAAACAAAGAAGAAAGAAGAAGAAACUAGCAACCAAAAUGAACGGAACACGUAACACCGAUGACGUAGAACAGACGCCACUCGUGCGUGUGAUGACUUUUCUGCAGUCCUUCUUCCGCUUCCUUUAUGUUGUUUACGCAUUCAAACCGGACGCGUUGGCCACAAGCAGCUCGUGCGCCGAUGGCUGCGGCCGACUAUGUAGAAAAUUAAUACGAACGUAUCUAUUCAACGCGACUACUUAACUACCACCCACACAACCUAUAUUAAAUGCGAUUGGCCCCAAAUUACAAACUCGAAACCGAUGGCCGCAUACGCGGUGAUGCUGCAGUGCAGUGCUUGUGUUCGUUCGCUCGCGUGUCUGUGUGCGUGUGUGUCUAGCUGUACGGGUGGAUGGCCGUACCCGGCCGCAGCUCCGCGGCUGUACGGAUACACCCUUUAACCACUCUGUACCGUGCUAUCUUUGUGCCGCCUGCCCCCAGAUGGUGACAGACAGUGCCGCGCUUAGUACGAAACCCGGUACGUUUGUGCUUUUGUGUUCACCUUGUCGUGUUUUUUUCUUUCUUUCAUUCUUGUUUUCUUUACCAAACCCAUGUGCUUGUACCGAACAUGGUUGUUAGAAGUACUAGCCCAACGUAUCUACUGAUCCGAUUUUACUAUUUGGUGGGCAGCGCCUAAAACGUUGCUACUCUAGUAUCGGCACGCUGAGUUGUGGGUAUUUGGUGUUGAGACCAAAUGAAUCGCAAUGGGGAAGGGUAAAAAAGACAACACCUAUGUACCGAUGUAACGCCCGCAGUAUCUUAUACUCUGUUUGUAUGUUUUGGCUCUCAUUCGAGGUUGUUUUUUAUUUUUUCGUUGUAUAUGUACAAUUUGCGAUACAUGUUACCAACGCUAUACCAAACCAAAAUUAUAGAUGAACCGAAUAGCAAAAAAAACACCCAGAAAAACGAGAAUGCAAAUAAAUGAACAAAAACCGAUAGCAUAACAUUUCAAAUGAAUCAAAA